AUGAAGCUCGCCGUCUUUUCCACCCAACCCUACGACCGCACCUACCUCACCCAGGCCAUCGAAGCCCACAACACCUCCAACCCCCCCACUCCCCUCGAACCCCACUUUCACGCCCUCCCCCUGAGCCCCGCCACCACCCACCUCGCCGCCGCCUGCCCUGCCAUCUGCGUCUUCGUCAACGACGACGUCUCCGCCCCGAUCCUCACUGCCCUCCACGCCGCCGGCGUCCGCCUCAUCCUCCUCCGCUGCGCCGGCUUCAACAAUGUCGACAUCCCCACCGCCACCGCGCUGGGCGUGCGCGUGGCGCGCAUGAGCGCGUACAGCCCGGAGAGCGUGGCGGAAUUCGCGCUCGCGCUGACGCUGACGCUGAAUCGGAAGACGCAUCGCGCGUUCAAUCGAGUGCGGGAGGGGAACUUCGCGUUGGCGGGGCUGGAGGGGUUUCGGAUGUAUGGGGCGACGGUGGGGUUGCUGGGGACGGGGAAGAUCGGGCUGUGCGCGGCGCGGAUCUUCAAGGGGUUCGGGUGCCGGGUGUUGGGGUAUGAUCUGUUUCCGACCGAGCGGUUUACCGAGCUUGGGGGGGAGUAUGCGUCGUUGGAGGAGGUGCUGAGGGUGUCGGAUAUUGUGAGCCUGCAUUGUCCGUUGAUCGACGCAGGGACGAGGCAUAUUAUCAACGCGGAGACGCUGGCGAUGAUGAAGCCAGGGGCCAUGUUGGUGAACACCUCUCGCGGCGGGCUCAUCGAUACCGCCGCCGUCAUCACCGCGCUCAAGAAGAAAACUCUUGGCUCCCUCGCCAUGGACGUCUACGAAAUGGAAUCCUCUCUCUUCUACGUCGACCACUCUGGCGAGAUCCUCGACGACGACGUCUUCGGCCGCCUGAUGACCUUCCCGAACGUGCUGAUCUGUGGGCACCAGGCGUUCUUCACAAAGGAGGCGCUGCAGGAGAUCGCGGAUGGGACGUGCCAGAAUUUUCAGGACUGGGUUGUCGGGACGAAGUCGCCGAAUGUGGUGGUGGAGGGGAGGGCGUUUGGUUCAUGAAGGGGUGGGCUGGGAAGCUUGCUUGGCUUGAAUGGGAGAGGCGAGGCUCCUGUGAUGUUUUGAGUAUGGAUGGACACGUCAUUGUGGUGAUGACAUUUGUAUCCGUUAGCGAUGAGCGUUUGAUCGUGAUGUUGGAAUUCGUAGAAUAGAUAUAAUCCACGUGGAGGAACGUCCCUCAAAUCUUAUUCGAUAUUUUGAAUUUUCAUCUUUGAAGGCUAUCAAGGUCAUCUCAGACCCAUGCAACUACAUUCGG